UGCCUCCAUUUCAAUUCUUGAACUCUCUGUAAUAUGGAACUCCACUUAAACGACUACACCCUCCAUUUUAUUAAAAAAUCCACACACUUACACUUACCAAAAUUCCCACACUACCUCCGCCGCCGUCUCCGACGGCAGAGUCCGACCCGCAUCGCCACCGUGAGAGUUUCAGCGUCAGCUGAAGCACUGGUGGCGACACCGGAACAACCCGGUGGGAAAAUGGUAGUGGAAUUAGUGGGUGCUUUUAAUGAGCUAACUGAAAGAAUGGACAAUAAAGUUCUUUCAACGAGCUCUUCAAGAUUGUUAUUUAAAGCUCUAAAGCUUUGUAUUCCUAUUCUUCAGUCUUUGCCUCUUGCACCUGACGGCCGAGCUCCGCUCUCUAGAGCUUUGUCUGUUGCUGUUAUUUUAGCUGAUCUACAGAUGGAUGCUGAAGUUAUAUCAACUGGGCUACUAAGAGAAGUUCUAGAGGCAGGUGCUAUAUCAAUUUAUGAUGUUAGAGACCGGAUUGGUACGAGUACUGCUCAUUUAUUGCAUGAAAGCUUGCGUGUGAAGCAUAUGUCGUUAAAGGUAGAAGUAUUGGAUGAUGAUAGUGCCACCGCAUUAAGGAAAUUUUGUCUGACCUACUAUGAUGUUAGAGCAUUAGUAUUAGACCUUGCUAUCAAGCUUGAUAUGAUGAGACACUUCGAUUAUCUACCUAGGUACCGGCAGCAGAUGAUAUCACUUGAGGUUAUGAAACUACAUGCUCCUCUAGCACAUGCUAUCGGGACUAACCUAUUAUCUCUUGAAUUGGAGGAUCUGUCUUUUCGAUACUUGUUUCCUUACUCAUAUCUUUAUCUUGAUGCGUGGUUGAGAAGUCACGAGAGUGGAAAUAAGCCUCUGAUAGACAUUUGCAAGGAACAGCUGCUUCAGUCCCUUAAAUCCGAUCCGCUAUUAAUGCAAAUGGUGAGCAAGAUAUCUGUUGAGGGUCGUUAUAAAAGUCGUUACAGCACCAUGAAGAAGCUCUUGAGAGAUGGUCGCAAGCUUGAUGAGGUGAAUGACAUCUUAGGUUUACGAGUUGUUUUGACUCCUCUCUCUGCUGGAGUAGACGAAAUGGAAAUUGGAGAAAAGGCUUGCUAUAGGGCGCGUGAAGUUGUCCUAUCUUUGUGGAAAGAGAUACCAAGUCGGUCAAAAGACUAUAUCUUAAGGCCUAAGGCUAAUGGGUAUAAGAGUUUACACAUGGCUGUUGAUACCAGUGAACGUGACCGGACCAGACCGCUAAUGGAAAUUCAAAUACGAACAGCAGAGAUGGAUAUACUGGCCGCUGGAGGGACAGCAUCCCAUGCUUUGUACAAGGGUGGUGUUACCGAUCCUGAAGAGGCGAAGCAUCUGAAGGCAAUCAUGAUGGCUGCAGCGGAGUUUGCAGCAUUGCGUCUUAAAGAUCUUCCUUCGGGAAAUCCCAAAGGUCUGGAAACUGACAAGAGAGGUAGGGUGUUCCGUCUUCUUGACAAGAAUGGAGAUGGUAAACUCAGCAUUGACGAACUUAUGGAAGUGAUGGAAGAGCUUGGAGCACCUGGAGAUGAUGCACGGGAGAUGAUGCAACUUCUUGAUUCAAACAGUGACGGUUUUCUGAGCUCAGAUGAAUUUGAUUUGUUUCAGGAUCAGAUUGAGUUUAUCCGGAAUAUAGAAGAUAGAGAUGAUCAAUACCAAACCUUGUUAAAUGAAAAGCUGCAAAUGGCAAAUGAAACUGGUUUGAUUCAAGUGUACAGUAAAGAGCAAGGUGAUACUUUGUAACAAAUUUUAGUACAUUUUGUAAAAUAUGUGUUCUUUGUAUGUAUUUAUAUAUUGAGGAGGUUCUGCCCUAUACAGGUAAAAGAUAUUGAAUCCCUCUGUAUAAAGUUAUUUGACCAUGGUCUAUAUCAAAUAUAUGUAAAAGAAAUUGACUCAGUCUGUAUUUAGUUAUUUGUGCACGGUCUCAAUCAAAUACAUCUGUAUGUGCAAUACA